AAAAAAAGUAAAAAAAGAUAUAACAACAACAACACCAACAAUUACUUUUAUGAUUCCUUAUAUUAAUUUUGUUAAUUAUUCAAAAGAUUAUAGUUGGUUUUUAGAAUUAAUUAGACCUCAACCUAGUCCAUUUACUGAAACGAUAAAUAGAAAUAUCUAUAAAACAUGGAAUGGAGAGGCAUUAAUUAAUUUUAAAUGGAAUGCUUAUGGAAAAUAUUAUUAUGCAAUGAUUUGGAUUUUAUUUAUGACAUUACUUGGAUGCUUUACUGCUGCUGCAACUAUUCCUCAGAAAUAUAUCAAUGAAGAAGUUAUACAACAACUUUUUGUUGCUUCAAUUAUACUUGGAUUUAUUCAUCUAAUUUUUGAAAUUCGUCAAUUUUUUAAUAAUAUUAUUAAGUGGUUUUAUAAUUUUUGGAAUAUUUUUGAUAUAAUUGCUUAUGUGCUUUCAAUUUACACUUCUAUUUACUGGCUCAAAGCAAAUGAUAAGAACAAUGAUUAUCUAAUUACAUUGCUUUCUUUUUCAUGCUUAUUUUUGGAUAUAAAAUUUUUGUUAUUUUUUAGAGCAUUUGAAUAUUUUGGAGUAUAUUUUGCAAUUAUUAUUAAUGUUGGAAAAAAGAUUUUUUCUUUUUUAAUAGUUUUAUUCAUUAUUAUAAUAAGUUUUGCACAUGCAUUUUAUAUUUUAUUAUCACCAAGAUCCGAAUUUUCACUUGAACAACCUACAAAUGACGAUGAUCCAAAUAAUCCUUGGAGUUUAGCUCCUAGUUAUAAUCAAAUAAUUGAUAAUGAUAGAAAUAUAAACUCCAAUCCAUCUAUGAUUCAAACACCUGAUAAAAAUACAAACAUGUUUAUAGAUAUUAGAACUUCUCUUUUUGCUAUGUAUUUAUUUUUAGCAGGUGAUUCAAGUGCAUUAUCCAAUUGGGCAUAUAUAGAUAAUCCAUCAAUUGCAAUAUUGAUUGUUUUAUUUUCCCUCUUAGUUGUUAUAUAUCUUAUGAACUUAUUAAUUGGAUUACUCAAUAUGGAAAUUGGAGAAGAUAAUAAUAGAGUCUCAUAUUUGAUACAGAAGGCAGAAGUAAAUAAUAUUAAUAUUAAUCAUUUCAUUUCUAUAAAUAUACUAAUAUAUCUCAAUUUUUAUAUUUAAAGAUUUUGGCCGAGAUUGAGUUAUUUUAUCUAUUACCACAUCAGAGACGUUGGCAAACAUGGUUUCCUGAAGUAAUAUAUUA